CCGCGGCGCCCUCGCCGGGUGCGUGCCGCUCGCGCGCCCGCCCGCCAGGCUCCCAGCGCCCGCCGCCCGCGCCCGGCUCGGCGCCCCGGCCCUUCCGCCCGCGCUUCAUGGCUGCUCAGGAAUGGGACUGGUUCCAGCGCGAGGAGCUCAUCGGACAGAUCAGCGACAUCCGAGUCCAGAACCUACAAGUUGAGAGGGAGAAUGUGCAGAAGAGGACCUUCACUCGAUGGAUAAACCUGCACCUGGAGAAGUGCAACCCUCCUCUAGAAGUUAAAGAUUUAUUCGUUGACAUACAAGAUGGCAAGAUCCUGAUGGCUCUGUUAGAAGUCCUGUCUGGGCGAAAUCUGCUCCACGAGUACAAGUCCUCGUCCCACCGCAUCUUUCAGCUGAACAACAUAGCGAAAGCCCUUAAGUUUUUGGAAGACAGCAACGUAAAACUGGUUAGCAUAGACGCGGCAGAAAUAGCGGAUGGCAACCCCUCACUGGUUCUUGGGCUGAUAUGGAACAUAAUUCUCUUCUUCCAGAUCAAGGAGCUCACGGGCAACCUCAGCAGGAGCUCCCCGUCUUCCAGCCUGUCUCCCGGCUCGGGGGGCACAGACUCAGACUCCUCCUUCCCGCCCACGCCCACGGCGGAGAGGAGCGCGGCGCUGUCGGUGAAGGACCAGAGGAAGGCCAUCAGGACCCUGCUGGCAUGGGUGCAGAGGAAGACGAGGAAGUAUGGCGUGGCGGUGCAGGACUUUGCGGGCAGCUGGAAGAGCGGGCUGGCCUUCCUGGCUGUGAUUAAGGCCAUCGACCCCAGCCUGGUGGACAUGAAGCAGGCCCUGGAGGACUCCAUGUGGGAGAACCUGGAGAAGGCCUUCACCAUCGCACACGACGCCCUUCACAUCCCCAGGCUCCUGGAGCCGGAAGACAUCAUGGUGGACACUCCGGACGAGCAGUCUAUUGUGACGUACGUGGCACAGUUUCUAGAACAUUUCCCGGAGCUGGAAGCCGAGGACUUUGUGGAUGCGGACAGAGGAGCCCCGAUCGAGUCCACCUUCGUCCGCAUUAAGGAAGCGCCUCCUGAGCGGGAGAGCACGGUGCUGUUCCUGAGCGAAGACGGGGAGCGCGCCUACACCGUCAACCACGAAACCAGCCACCCGCCGCCCUCCAAAGUCUUUGUCUGUGACAGGCCCGAGCGCGCCGCAGGACCCUACCUGGGCGGCGUGUCCAGCCAGGUGCUGUCGGACACUGCCACCAAGGUCAUCCACCAGGUCAUCGACCGGGUCCUCCAAGACGUCCCAGGUAAGACCAGCAACCUCGGUGAGCCGUCUUCAGAUUCUUCCAUCUUAUCCAGAAAGGACAACCGGGGCUCCAACCACCUGCCCAUCAAGAAGAGUGUGCACUUCGAGGCUGACUCCUACCACGACGCGUCCUGCAGCAAGGGCACGUUCCACGGCCAGGACGCCGGCGGCGUUGCAGGGAGCCCCAAGGGGGCGAAGGAGCCGUCGAGGCAGGAUGGACGCGUCUUGGAGGUCGCUGAGGAAAAGCCAAAACAGGAAGUCCCCAACAUCCCCAAAGCAGCCUCUGACGAGGCCCUGGAUGAUGUUCCCUUGGAGGACGGUCAGAUGGGUCACUCUCCGACUUCCCAGGACUCUCCCUCCUGGAACGGGGCAUCGUCCGAGAGGGCAGCCAGCCCCGGGGUGGGAGGUCGGCCCCAUUCACCCCUUGGGGAGGAUACGGUUGUGGCUGACUCCCUGGAGAUCAAGGUUGAGCUGCAGACCGUGGAAGCUAUGGAUAAAGAUGACUAUUUUGAAGGCAUACCAUUAAAAGCCUCUAAAUUUAACAGCGACCUAGCCGAUUUCGCCUCCACCAGCCAGGCUUUCGAUGAGGACCCUUCGCCCCCUGAGAAAACAUCCGAGGAGGGCGAGCUCGUGGGGGAGCCCGCUGAGACACUGGGGAGAAGGCGGGGUACCCCUGCCCACCAGCAGGAGGGUUCAGACGAGCCCCCGGGGAAACCCGGCAAGCAACACCCUCACAAGGUCCCCGGACAAGAAGACCAAGACUAUUUCUUGGCCCCUGAGGAGGUACCGGUGGACAAAAAGCCGGAGGUGCAUGAAAAAGCGAAGCGCAAAUCCCCGCGUCGCGGGCGCGGGGAGGAGGACGGGGAGGCCGAAAGCCCCCGGGAGCCCCGCAGGGAGCUGCCUCGCAACCCGCCCUGCAGCCGCGUCAGCCUGGACGCCCUCGUGACGCGCAGCGAGGAAGGCCUGGAUUUCAAACCCUCCCCGCCCCUCUCCAAGAUUUCUGUCAUCCCCCACGACCUGUUCUACUACCCGCAUUACGAGGUCCCCCUGGCUGCGGUCUUGGAGGCUUACGCGGAAGGCGUGGAGGAUUUGAAAAACGAAGAGCUGGACCUCGAAGAGGCAGAGGGCUACCUGUAUGACCUGGGGCCCCGGGUGGAGGAGCCCGAGGCAUCCGAGAGCAGCUGCGGCUCCUCAGGGCCGGGCGAGGACCAGCCCCCGUCCACCCUCGAGGAACCCCAUCUGGACAGGGACGCAGAGGGUGCCAAACCAGCCUCGGAGCCCACUCCCCCGCCCGCCCAGCAGGACCACCAGCAAAGGGAGGCCGAGGACAGUGCCCCCGUGGAGAGUCAGCAGGCCCAGGAAACAUCCCCAAACUCGGAAAAUGUAGCGAACCCUUCCGAAGGAAAGGUCGUGGGAGAAGCCAUCAGCAGUAAAAAAAAGGAGAAAAAGAAACAUGUGGACCACGUAGAAAGUUCAAUAUUUAUAGCACCUGGAACCGUUCGAUCCUCAGAUGACCUAGAAGACGACGCUGGCGACUACCGAGUCCUUUCCAGGACCAGCCACAGCGACUCCAGCAUUUACAUCCGGCGACAUACCAAUAGGUCUUUGGAAUCGGAUCAGUUUAGCUAUGUUCAAUUGCGGAACGCAGCCGAUCAGGAUGACAGAAGAAAUCGAAUGUCAACCAGGUACAAAACUCAGAAGCUCACUGAGCUGAUCUUACAGUUCUAUGGCAUCAGAGCAGACAAGAAGAGGGAAGGCAGACAUGCCAGGAAGUCUAUGAAAGCCAACCACUCUGGCGAAGCCACCCUGCAGGAGGAGAGCGCCAGCCCGCAGAGCGACUCGCUGACCCAGCUCGUGCAGCAGCCGGACAUGGUGUACUUCAUCCUCUUCCUCUGGCUCCUGGUGUACUGCCUGCUGCUCUUCCCACAGCUGGACGUCACCCGCCUCUGAUGCCCGCGUCCGCAUAAUAAAAAGAACAGGACCCUGCCCGGGUGGGAGACCUUUCUACUUCGUUUUCUUUCGGGGUCUGGACAGGGCGCCUCGACAGACGGUUGAGGAUCUCCCAGGAAACUUGGACUCCUUGCUUUUCUUUCUUUUAUGUUUUUUUUCUCUUCUCGUGAAUCCUAAGCAUGCUACGUACUCAGCACUCAGGGGUAUGCCGGACCCUUGGGUGGGCUCUAUUCUCGUGUGCCUUGCUCUGUCAGUUACUAGUUUCUAGCCAUAACUCGGUCUCAGUCCAUCCCACACGCAGGUUCUUAAGGUCCUGGAUGGACUCGAGCUACAUUCCCCUCCGCUGAGGGUCCCUCCGGUGGGGAAGAGGGUGGAUGCCCCGGGCAGAACCUCUGCUGGGGAGGAAACUGGCACGUUUUCCUCCAGGAGGGGCCGUGUGAGUGAAGAUGCCCAGUGUCCCUGCACGUGUGUGGUCUGGCGAUGGGGUGGGGACAUGUCAGGGACGCCCAGCUGCCAGCUGCAGGGAGCAUCUGGGAAUGGCCGAAUCCAAGCAGGAAAGUGAACGCUGUGUCGUGAGCUUUUUCACCCUCGGUUUUGGGGUUUUGAGCAGGGAAAGUGGGACGCAUUUUAAAUUUGCUUUUGCAUUGAUCGAAUUGGGGUAAUUCAGGACUUUCAGACCUUUUCCACACAUGGAACCCUCCUUUCGAAGGAAGUCUUGGGGCGGCGUGUGGCCAGUCCUGAUGACAGAUCAAAGCGGAGCUCUGGGUGAUGCAGGGCAGACUGGGGGUCCCUCCGCUUUGCUUCGGCAGCCCCCCCGGCUUCCAUCACUGGCUCCUGCGGCAUCUGUGCUGAUCCCCAAGACCCCCUGGGCCCUGCAAAGCCCCAGAAAGAGCCUGGGGAGGAGAGCAGAAGAGGCUGGCUCAGGACCAGUCCGGCUGAGGCGAGGGCUGGCCGUGGCCCAGCAGGUUCCUGCCCCGGGAAAGGCUGCAUGCGCACCUGCUACAGGGCGCAGCCUUGGCUCAGGCAUCCUCCGUGGUCCCUCACGGGGGGUCACCUGGAAAGGCUUUCUUUCUGGAAAACACCCCGAGGAGUGGACCAGAGCAGGCAGUGGUUUGUGAGUGGACAGAGGCACCCACCAGCCCUUCCGUCUUCCAGCCUGGGCUCCCCCUGCACCCCGUUUCCUGCGGAGAUGCGGGUCAUGGCGACAGUGAUGGUGCAUUGGCUUCUCCUCCCAUUGCCCUCUCCGCAGUGAGCAUGAAUUAGGUGACACAUAUGAAGUCACCAACUAUCAGAUCAGAGGGGACCACCAGACAGCAUCUUGUCCAGCCGAACGCAGAGAGGCAGCGUGGGUCAUCCAAGGUCGUCUGCAGCUCAGGCCACAGGGCGCCCAGUCCAGAGCUCUCACCGCAUUUAGGGGACUUCCGUUGUGCCCAUGGAUGUCCUGGGGGAAAAAAAAGAUAAAAUCAUUAGAUAAAAACAGCCUCAUAAAAAAAAAAAAAACAGAAUUGUUAUGCCAAUCUUCCACCCCCACUUUGUUCUCACGUUUUUCCCACAAAGUCAUACUCACUUCAGGCUCGUCCCCUGUCUGUCCGGGGGACCCUCAACAGCUCUGACAGCUUGUUGGCUGACGUGCCGGUGCUGCUCUCCCUCCAGGAGUUAGUUCCCCUCUCAGCAAGCCAAGGACUCCCUUAUUUCCAGCAGUAAGGUUCCAGGUUGCAGAACUGCAGCAUGGCCAAGAGCACUAGCGCAGCCCAUGUGCAUGCCAACAGCCCCACGCCGGCCCCCGACCCGCUCUGGACUGACUGCAGAGCCUGCCUUCUCUCUGCAAACCGGGCUGAGCUUGGAGGGGCUCCACCUCAGAGGGCACGCGUCCCGUGGAAAAUGAGCUCAUUCGCGAGCGCCCGGGCAUCAUGGGAAGCUCAAAGGUGCAGAUGAUAAAGAUUACCCGUGCGAUGUUUUAUAACCCCCAACACCACGCAGGGUGCACCUCCGUUAGAAAGGGCCGGGGAAGAGCUGACCCAAACAUUCAUCGUUUCAUUUAUGGGUCUAGGCUUGGUUGAGAAAAACCUCUGCAGGCUUCUCUUCUCGCCCGGUACAACUUGUAAUAUUGUUUAAAACCAUCGGCUGGCAAGAUGCCGGAAAGUCAUUUGGUUCAGGCUGGCAGCAAACUGAUUUUUUUUUUUUUGUAAGGGAAAAAUAAAAUGUCUCAUUUGAGUAUAGGCUCCUACGGAAGAAGCUGGAUAUUAACGGUGGAUAGAGAAACCUGCUGGAUACACCACCCCGUGGCUUAUAAUUUUUCAAAAAAAAAAUUUGUUUUAGACUCUCAUCCAAGCAAUACAUGUUCGUAGUUUAAAAAGAAACAAACACGGCGAGGCUUUUAAUGAAAAGCAGCCCCUGAGUCUUGCUCUCUGGAAGUAACACUUUCAGCUCUUUCGAAUAUUUACCUUUGCGUUCCUACGUGACACGCGCGUACUUUCAUCUUCAAAGUUGAUUCAGAAGCAUCCGCCGGCCGGCCAGUGUGGCAGAUGGGGCUCGCACCCCACCCGCCCCCCACCGUAGUUUGCCGGCGCGGUGAGACCGCGGUGUCUGUGCGCCUCUGCUCCGUGCGGCUGCGUGAGGACGUCUUCACCCCCAAACCGCGGGGUGCACCGUGCUUCCGGGCUCUCUCUUGUCCACUUGUUCCCCCUGGAUUUGAUUUUUUUUUUCAAAUCAGAUGUGUGGCACAUUCUUUAGUAGCUCCUUCAGAAAAGGAACCUGGGAGUAAACAUCGUAAAUAUGUUGAGAUUUGGCAUAACUUGCAAUGCCUUGAUUUUGCCCUCACCCAAGUGUGGCUUGGGAUAGAAUUGCAGGGGGAAAUAAUAUAAUGCCUCUCCCCAUCCCCCCACCCCCGACGUGGUCAUUGAGAUUCUGAUGCCCCUCUGAUUCCCACGCCCAGGGACCAUGGACAGUCCCCUCAUGGUUAGUGUUCCGGGCUGUCCCUAGGGUAGCAUGCCCUUGGUGGCAUGCCCCAUGCCGAUCUCCUGGGGAGGGUCUUCAGUUUUCUUGGAUUGUUUACCUUUCUCUCCGGACCACCUGUGUCUGCCAUGUGGGACCUCUCUGGUGAACCCUUUAGUAUUUUUCACCUUCUCUAUCUUUCGUCUGUUUUUUUAUCUGCUUCCAGGGAGAAUCAUUCCGUCUUAUCUUCUCAAUACACCUGAUGAAUGUUUUGUGUCUUUUUUAAUUUCCACAUCAUUUUCUUCCGCCUCCUGUUUCUGUUUCCUAGCGCCUUGUCCUCGUUGCCCGGGUGCAGGCCGUGCAUGUCUGUGGGUGUUGGGGACAGCGGGGUUCUGGGGAGCCCCUUUCUGCUCUCCUUGCGCUUUGGUUUCCUCCCUGUUUCGGUUUUCUCAGCUAAUCUCAGUCUCUGACUUGCACGUGACAAGAUUUUUUUCCCCCUCAAACCUCUGGUGAUGCCCUGGACCUGGCCGUUUUUAGGAGUCACGCAUCAGAGAAUGAAUGGGAAGCUCAUUGUGGCAGGUGGUGGGCGUUUCUGUGGGGUCACCGGGGGCGCACCCGGAGUCUUCAGGGGAGGACCCGCGUCGCAGUAUUUUCAGGCCUUUCCUCCGGGGCUCACUGUGUGUCUUCAGAGAUACUUCCUCUCCUUCGUGCCUGGGAGACAGGGGCGCACGCAGGGCUGCUCCCAGCCUGGGCGGUGCCCUCGGGUGGAUGGCUCAGGAAAAAAGGUGCCCACAUCGGGCAGAAGCUACCUCUGAGCACUUAGCUUGAUUGGCAGAGGGUACCUACUGCCCGUUCCCCCAGGAAGACGCAGCCCUGAGCACGGGCAAGGCUUGAGGAGCGGUGCCAAGGGCGAGACUUUAACUCCUCAUUGCACCUCAGCCAAGCACCUUUGUGCAGAGCCGUGGUGCCCGGAGAUCCCAGCGCACAGCCGAGUGCCCGGCUCCUGAGCUCUGGGCACCUGAGCUCUGGGCAGGCCGUCCCAUCCGAGUGGGUAUGUGGGCUCACUGAGCUCCUCCCGCCUGGCAGGGCCUGGUGUCGCUGGGCUGGACCUCCUCCAGAUCCUCCGUGGAGCGGGACAGCUGCACGGGCUGCUCACGACACGCCCCUGCGGGAGCCCUCUGCCCAGCUCACUCCAGCAGCUCUGCCCCGGCUCCUCCCGCCUGCCGCCGCCUCCUUCCCGUCCUUGGUCUUCGAGAUUGUGUGACCUCCAUGCCUCUGCUGCUCUCUGCGUGGGGCGUCACCCGGGAAGAAAGCAGCCCACAUGUUCAACACAGCAUCAUGAAUCACAGGUCCCAUCUGAGCUUUCUCCCCACUUUGUUAGGUGGCUCCGUGCUCUGUGGACUUGUCUGUGAACUCGCCCUGAGUCCAACCAGGGCUGGGGAUGUCUAUCCUGCCGGGCCGCGGCCUCUGGGUGCCUUUGUAGAAUGCCGUGCAGGAGGGUGAAAUAGCACCCACGGGCUCUCUUGAAUGCCACACUGCAAAGAAUUAUUCUCCUCUAGCCCCCUUUUCCACCCCUCCCCCCCCAAAUUUCAGAUCUCCCGCCUCUCCACAAGCUCAUACAGUUCAUAGGUCUUCUCUGCCACCCCCACUGCAUUCGGAGACCAGCAGUCCACGCUGGCGUUGGCCAGAGAACCAACAGGGUGGCCCCUCUGUGACGGAGCUGGGGGGUGUUUCUUCCUGGCCAGACCGGCCGGGACCGGGCACUGGGAAGGAUGUCCUCCCUGCCCUCUAGACAGCCACCCAGGACACACAGUGCGUCUCCCUGUCUGGGGUUCAGCGUCGUUCCCCCCACUCUUCUCCGUGCAGUGCCUGCCUGCUCUUAGGCCAAACGGUGGGGGGCAGAAGCACUUGGAGGCAUCUGGGGAGUCCUUCCUCAAAAGUGCAGGUUAUUCCAUAGCCUCGGGGACCGUGUGAGGGCCCAGCACCUCGUUUAAGAAAUGAGAAAGCAAGAUUGGGACGUGGAGAUGACAGUCACACUGCUAGUAGGUGCCCCCCAGAGGGACAGCCGGGUUCCCAGUUAGGUUUUCUGCAAAACUGCAGUCCCCGGCCCCUGAAGCUCACCUGCCCUCCGCUUCUGGCCAAGGACUCAGAACAGCCCGGGGCGAACCUCUCAAACACACGCCAGAGUGACCGAGGGGAGAACGGGUCUUACUCAUGACAAUGCCUCACGGCUUCUGGGUAAGAACGGGUCUGUGCGGUUCCGUCGUUGGACUGUGGUCCUGUGAACUCUUGCGUGCGAGCUUGGUUUUUCUGAGAUGCCCGGAAGGUCUCCAGAAACCCCACCGGAGUUCUGAGACGUGGCCUCUCUCCUCUCUGCUUGGAGACCUCCCUCGGGGACCUCUGCCCAGGGAGCCACCCACAGUCAGCUUUACCACCCAAGGCCCCCAAAGUGGGCUGUGUCAGAGCUUCAAGCCGAUGUGGCUUCUCAGAACCUUCUCGGUGACCCUCUGGCCAGGGAGCCGGCACAGAGCUCUCCCGGCCCCGACAUCGCACAGUCCCUGCCGAAACCGCCUUCGGGGGAGAUUUGAAGCCCUGGGAUCCCCCACGAAGAGCAGGUGCCUCCUCUGGCCCCUCCAGCUCGAGAGUGGGGCUGCUCCGGCGACGACGUCCAGGUGCUGGGGCGGGUGGGUGACGGCUGCAAGCUGGCAUGGGUGACAUCAUGCUCAUUUGCUAGAAAUCGCUGCAGAGUUUGCCUUAACAGUUAGCCAGCUCUGUGCGGGAGCCAGGAAAUGACGCGGCUUCUGUGCUGGGCGCUGCGCUCCACCGAUCUGCCCCGCCCUGCCUCUCGUGGGGCGUGUGCGCGCGCGUGAACGACAGCCAGCUGCUCAGGGAGGGGCGCCCGAUGCACGAGAAGCGUGGGCUUUGUGUGAACUGCACCCGGAAUCUUUCAUUCCCAUCAGACGCCACCAGGUCUUCACGCCCCACGUGAGCGCUCGGCCCUCCUUGCUCUUGAUCUUUCCAGGUGACACAGCGGUCUUCAGGCCUCGUCACUUCCCCACCGCUGUGCACGGGCCUGGGCUCAGAGGGAGCUCGAUCGGGGAACGGGGCCUGGAGACUCGGAGCUCCGGCUUCUCCGAGAGUCCGCAGAGGCCCGCGGCUCAGGGGUUCCUCCCACUCCUGCAAGCGCCAGGCCUCGCGGUGCCAGGGGGACCGACUCGCGUUUACAAUUUGUUCUGAGGAUCUUGGGAAGACACCUCAGGGUGGCAGUUCUUCCCAGCCCGGGGCUGUGAUUUCAAGCCAGAAAACAUUCUUGUUUAUAAGGAAGAAAACAACCAGUAUUUUGUGCUGUGGGAGCACAUGGCCUUUCAACGCACUCACGGUGCCACCGUCUCUGGCCCUGAUCCCUCCGCUAACUUCUAAAACUCCCUGCCACUCAGGUGUCACGUCCAGCUGUCAUCUGGCAGGGCUCCCUUUAACUGAACCCAUUUUCUUGAAAGGUCACUUCCUCCUUCUGCAGGACGUUUUGUGGGGUCAGAAAGGAGGGCAGGCGCGGGAGUCAGCCGGAGGUCAGUUCGCAUCUCGGCUCUGUCACCAGAGAGCUGGGAGGUCGGGGCCAGUCAAGCUCUCCGAGCAUCUUGGCUGCAGAGCAGACCCUCGGUGUGUAUUUGCUGAAUGACCUGGAGCUCCCUGGCACGUUUGAUAGGAUGUGAAACGCUCGGUAGCUCCUCGGUCCCCCUUUCCCCCCUCUCCAGGCUUCGAAUGCCCCUCCUUUCUUGGCAUUCCGUUUCCGUGGCCCCUCCUAACCUCUCCCCGACCCACCCUCAUCUGGCCAGCUGCUGGGUGUCAGAUCUAACGCACGCCUUUUACAAGAGGAAGUUGAAGCCAUCGUGUGCCCACUAACUCAUCCGACCCUUACAACAAUCGCGGGAGGUGGUUAGCCCGGAGCGGAAACUAAAGCACAGGAAGGAAAGAGAGCAAGGUCACGGGCGAGGACGCAGUAGGCCCGGGAACACAGGACUCCUUUUCAGAUGCCGAUUUUCACCCUAGGCAGCACUGCUGAGCAAAUAAAGCUGUGCCCUAAUGAGAUUUCUGAUUCUCAGUGACUUUGGCCUCCUGGGCAAGUGGUGGGUGGAAAGUCUCAGAGGUGAGCAGGGGGCAGACCUCACAGGGCACCCUGCAGCUCCCCGCCCGCCGUGCAUCCAUUGUCCCCACGCUUCUGCACACCCUGCUCCCCAGCCCCCUAUGCAGACUGCUUAAAUAGCUCCUUAGUACUCACGUGACAGUGACGGAGGAGGCCCCAGGUUCCUGUUUUAGCCUGUGGUGGCGAAUUUGCAACCACGUGCGUCAGCAGGGCCUGUCCUAGUGAAAUCUCGGCGUUCAACAUCAAAGAUUUCAGCGACUUCAGUGAAGUCUGCGUCCUGCCGCGCCCCCUGCUACUCCCCCCUCCACCACUAGCAGGUGCUCUUCUGAGUAGGGUGUCCGGCUCUCCCUUUCAGAAGACAUCCGUUCCAUUGGGCCGGGCACCCCACAGUUGAAGUGGGACCGCGAACGUGGAUUGCUUGGAUGAAGCCCUAACUGUCUGGUCUGAGAUGGGGAUCGUAACUUCCCCUUUAAGUUUAAAAGUGGUGAUUUUUGCAUUGUUGCAAAAAAAAAAAAAGAACAAAUAGGAAAAGCUUUUGGUAGAUGUAUUCCUUCUGCAGCAGCAACCACUUCUAUAGUGGUCCCACCAAAACUCAGUACAAGCUUAUUCUCUGCAAAUGAUGCUACAAGAGAGGACAGCCCCAAAGGCCCGGAUUCCUAGACGUCACGCAAGGUUGGAAACCCUUUUUUAAAGGGAACACUGGGAGUGUCUGUAACCCGGAGAGCUGACUUUGUUCCGGAGGAGGACGAGCUGGCCCAGGCGUCGGGAACCCACAUCCUAGCUGUGGUUCAUCUGCAGUGACGCCUUGAAUCCACCUCUCUGGGCUGGAAGUUGGGAGACCUGUUUUGAAAAGUCCUAGAUUUAAAAAAUCCAAAGGUUAGCAACCUAGAUUAUCUUUAUAAAAUCUCAGUAAGUGGCCUAUUUGCUUAAAAUAACGUACCUCUGUAUUUCUAAGUGAAUUCCAAAGCUUAAAGCAUUGCUUGCGGCGUUUGUAUCCAAGAAAGGUGCCUAGGGGGGUUUGGUAACAUAAAAGGUAGCAUGUUAGAGGCGUGGGGAUGAAAUCUGGGAGUAGAACGCGGGAGAUCUGCUUCCGAGGGCUCCUGGAACCGAACCGGGCUCCUCGGCCAGCACUGGGGGCAGCUUCCCGGGGGAAGUGCAUCAAAUCGAGGCGUGCAGCUGUGGGGAUAGAUAGCGGUGAUUGACCGGACCUGCCUGCCUCUCCCGUCUUGUUGCUUCCCUCCUUCCCCCCAACGCCACCCCCAAAGCAGACCCAAAAUACUGGACACAGAGAGUCCCCUCGGAGCCCAAGGCCCUUUGCGGUCUAGUACUGGGUCCCUUAUGUCAAAGGCUGGCACGUUGGUGUGGAAUGUCCCUGGGGUGGCCUGGCACUGGUCAGGGCCGUGAGAAAGAGACCAGCCCUUCACCCUUGAAAUUGCACCAUCAAAUAGCUGCCUGUACCAUGUGCAUUGGUGCUGGUCACAUCAGCCAAAGACGCCAUGAAAUUGGGAAAGUGGUCUUGCCCUCUUGUACACGGUUGGGAUGAGUCACUAUGCCUGGAAUCAGGGGUUUGUUCAGGGUGUACUGUACUGGAUGGUAAUAUGUGUUUAUUUUUUUCAAGGUCGGUAAUGUGUGUUUCAGAGUUAAUGCCACAGUUUCUCUCAAGGCCAUGCAAGACUUAAUGGACAAUGUGCGAAAAUUUUUACUGAGAGCUCUAAGAGAACUAUUGAAAACAGUGAAAUGUUAUUUUGUGGUACAAGGGUUAUUUUGUCUACUUAGUAUACACAUAGCUGUAGCUUUGUAAAAGGGGAUCUUUGUAAAACAUGGUGUGAAUGUGCACUCUUAUUUAUUGAUGACUGUAAAUGAAGAUAUAAAUGACUAUUUGCAUAAUUUAUACUUGUGGGAAAUUAACUGGAGUAUUUGCUGACUGUUUUCUAUUAAGGGAUUUUAGGCUUGGUGCUACGAUGAAUGGUCUUGUAAAAUUACAUGUAUUCUUAAGAAAAUUUUUGAGUAUAAAUUUCAUGAACCGAC